CUUUGCCCUUCCUUCGCUUCUGUGGAUUGGUCAUACGUCCUUCAUCCCCUUCAUCCUCCUGCCUACAUCCCACCCACAUCAUCUCUUUUCCUCCAUUCUUUUUGGUGUACGGCGUGAAUUUGCUACUUUUCGCAUACGCGACGGAACCUCCUCUCGCCGUCAUCAGGGAGCCCAUUCGUCCUCGACACUUCACACCUCAUGGACCUGAAGCUGCUGCUGUCACCUGCUCAAAAGGACCCCGAGCCUGACUCGGAGUUUCCUGAGGACAGGAGGCGUGAGGAGCACGCGCCAGACGAUGCACAGAACUGGCAGUAUCACCCAGACCAAUAUCAUUACAACCAACAGCAGCAGCGACAGCAGGAGCAGGAGCAGGAGCAAGAGCAGGAGCAGACACAGGAGGAGCAUCAAUACUACCACCAGCAACAUCAGCAGCAACAACAGCAGCAACAUGUCCCUGCUCAGGGGCCAUACUACCAUCAGGGCCAACAGUACAGCCGGCCGCACAACCAGCAACCUCGCCCGUAUUACCAGCAUCAAGGACAGCAUGAACCCCAGCCACUCGUACCGCCCUUGCUGUCCGUCUCUGCCUCUACACCUCAAGCCGGAGAGUCGCCGCAGCCUCCGCAGUAUUUUGUUUCGACGCAUAGACCCACUACAUCACCGGCGCUACCUCCACCUACAGGACUCAAUCUCUCGUCGUACAGCUUUUUACUGAUGGAGAAGCGGGAUCGCGAGAGGGAGGCCAUGGAAAGAGCAAACCGAGGUUACUUGAUGGGUGAGCUAUCACACAACAAGAACGAGUCUGCGUCUUCAUCACCAAGGAUUCCUUCCCCACGGAUCGAGCCGGCCCAUCGUGCAGGCUUCGCCAACCAGCCUUCGACUGGCGCGUCGUCCUCAUUUGGAGCCGAUACGCGACACAAUUCAUACUACCAAUUGCAGCAGCCAGGAUCCGAGAGGUCCUCAUAUGGAUAUCCACCGGAUACAGCGCGCCAACCUCCUCAUGGCUAUGAGUCGCCCUCGCAGUAUCAUGGCUCUGGAUCAUACCAUCAGCAGCAUCCAUCGUACCAAUCCCACGGUCCAGCACACUCGCCACCCAUGCAGUACAAUUACCAGCAGCACACACCUCAACAGCAGUACCCAUACCAACAACCACAACCGCAUCAGCAUCCUCACCACUAUCACAGCAGCAGCAGUGCCAAUAUAGGACAGGAAUCACUAUACGGCCAUCCGCAGGAUUACCCUUCAGAUUCACAGGGUCCUGCGUCGUAUACUUAUCAUCCUUCAGUAGGACAGUAUCUCCAUCACCGAGCCAUGUCUCCAGGCCUCAUGGACAAGCCACGGUUCGCCAAUUCUAACCUAUCUGUCUUUCGACAAAGUGCUGCUGAGGACAGCGACGGAAAUGCCAGUGUUUCAUCCAAUGGAAGCCUUAAGCGAAGACGUCGUCCCAACAAGGCGAUUGAGGGCAAGAGAUCUCUUUUACCUGGAUCAACACUUGGUACUUCACACGGUGGGCUGGGUCACUAUCUGAUGUCAAGGACAUCCUCGCAUGGAUCUGCAGAAGGACAUGAGGACUUUUAUGACGACGACGACGACGACGACGAUUCGUUGGACGAGCAAUUUGAUGUUAGGAAUGGGCUUCAGGGUCUCAAUCUGCAGAAGACUACUAAGUCGUCAGCUCCAGAUCGGGCAAAAAAAUCACGAAAAAAGACUGAGAGACCGUUUAAGAUUGGAGAGUUGGUCGAGUCUAUGAAAUCAGAUACCGAUGGCACUUGGUUUGCAGGACGUGUACUUGAUCUGGAGGACGACCCUCAUGACCACAUCAAUCCCAAGUCGGUCUUGAUCCACUUUGAGGGAUUUUCGCCUCAUCACGACGAGUGGGUCAAGCCCAGUCAGUUGCGUGCUUGCUCAACAGGCAGUAGUUUCUUACGAUAUGGUCCAAACGGUCAUGAACCUGCUGAGAACUGGGUUGCGUACGAGAAGUUUUACCAGUCAGAUCUUGGUCGAAUAGCUCGCCGACAUACAGGGCUUGCGUACGACCGACGGAUGCUUUUGCACAAGUGCCAGUGCAACACCAACCCCGAGGAGAGGCAUCAUCCAGAACAACCCGAGAGGUUGGUCGAGAUUCUCUGUCAGUUCCAAAAGCAUGGGAUGCUCAGCCUUGUCAAAUGGAUCCAGGGACGAGAGGCCACUAUCGAAGAGCUGGUUGCAGCCCACACAGAUACUCAUGUUCGCAAUUAUUGCUGUACAGCUGCACAGAACCGACAGUACGCGCGUGAACAUGGGAUCGUAGAUCCGGAUCUGCAGACUGAGGACGACGCCGAAGACGAGGCAGAAGAAGAGGGGGAGGAGGAAGAAGGAGAGGAGGACAUGGAGGGUGCUAAGAAAACAGAGCGGCGAGGUCGACCAAAGAAGGCUCAUCGAGGAAGCAUUCAUGUGGCAACAACUGCAACCGCACCAGAUUUGAUCGCGGCAGCGGCAGCGGAAACAGCAGCAGCGGCUCCAGCGCCAGAGGAUGUGGAGAUGGCGCAGUCGACAUCGCCGACAGAUUUAAGCAAGGACAGCAUGGAAGUUGAUCUUCAUUCACCAGCCCUGGGAAGGAGACGAUCCAGUAUGCGUGGAUCGGCUAUUAGGAUGUCGUCUCUCGUCAGCAUGUCCUCAACGUUGUUUGCGCAGAAGGAGGAGGAUGUCCCCGACGAGGUCAAGGAGGCGGCUCUGGUGAUUGAUGACGACGACGACGACGACGAAAAGGCGGUCCAAGCAGGUCCAGCCCCGAGCGAAGCAGCCCUUGCUGUUGCUGGUGGCAUGGACCCAACUCUCGCUGGCCAGAUUGCAGAAUCUCCUCAGCCAAUGCCAAAAGCAGUACAUGGAAAUAAUGGUGCAUCCAAGGGCGAGCCUUUGAUCGAGGACAAGAACAACAUGGAUCCAUCCCUUGUUAAAGCAGAGAACAGAAACACGGUCGACGAAACCACAACGGCAACACCAUCGGUCACCAAGGGACCCACAGAAGGAGAUACCUCGUCAGAGAAACCAAAACUCGGUUCCGGAAUAUCAUCAGCUAAUGUUAUCGAAGGCGAUCGACUAUCAUCGAGGAGUAUGCAGGGACAAUCCGGUGCAACAGCGUUGCAGAUCGCGACAUCUGCGCUUGCAACCAAGGAUCAGGAUACGGGGACGACAGCGACUGAAAAGUCAGCCGCAGAGUCGAGCAAGGAGAGGAAGGCAGCAGAAAAGAAUGAAAAGGCGCAAAAAGACUCUGCGGUUACGAAGACACCGACAAAGAAGAAAGGCCACCACGCCGUGUCACCUGCACCUGCACCCUCAGGCGAUGCUGUUGUGAUUCGACCGCCUGGAUUGACAUUCACGAUGAGCUGUGGGCAGCUGGGUAUCGCGGUCGACACCACAUGGAACCCCUUCCAUUCGAGUACAGCCGCGAAGGUGGCUGCUGGUAGUUUGAUCAACUUGGUGGACCAGGUCGUCACAGGACGGAUCAAGAACGGCUUCGCGAUCAUCCGGCCGCCAGGCCAUCACGCCGAGGAAGACGAAGCCAUGGGCUUCUGCUUCUUUAAUAACGUCGGUGUCGCAGUUAAUCUGACCUUGUCAAGAUACCCACUCACCGUCCAGAAAAUCCUCAUUAUCGACUGGGACGUCCAUCACGGAAACGGCACCCAGCAGAUCUUUUACGAAAAUCCCAACGUCCUGUAUAUAUCACUCCAUCGAUGGGAUAACGGACACUUUUAUCCAUUCACAGGCGCUCCAGAUGAGUGCGGAGAGGAAGCUGGUGAAGGCACCAACGUCAACAUUGCCUGGUCAUCCUAUGGCCGAGCGCAAGCCAUGGGAGAUGUGGAAUACAUUGCCGCCUUUUGGUAUGUUCUCUUGCCGAUCGCAAGACAGUUCCAACCUGAUCUUGUGUUUGUCUCCGCCGGAUUCGAUGCUGCUGAUGGACAUGCUGCCAAUAUCGGUGGAUACACGGUGUCGCCGCAGGGAUUCGCGAUUUUGACGCGUCUUGUUCAGACUUUGGCUGGUGGACGGGUGAUUCUAUCGCUCGAGGGUGGAUAUGAGUUUGAACCAUUGGCGCUAUCGGCAACAGCAUGUCUUGAGGAGCUGCUGCCACAUUCGCUCCUGCCGGCGACAGCCCCGACACGGGCGUUUCCAUAUGCGUCGUUCCAGGGAACGUUGAAUAGUGUGAAACCGAAUGCGAUGGCGGUGUCGUCGUUACACCAAGUGUUGAAGUACCAACAAAAAUACUGGAAGUUCCCUCCCGAGGUUCUGAAUCCGAGCUUUAGAUUCCAAUUGCCAGCGGAAUGGAGGGCGAGCAACAGUUUGGCGACGCGGCCACGGAGGGAGCGGAACACGCGGCGGAAGGCACCAGCGUUGGAUUCUUGAAGAGCGAGCGAAGGGGGACGACGGGAAGAGAGCAAAUAAAAUAAAAUAAAAAUCCUAGGCUGAGUCACCUCAUAUGCUCGGUGGUUGUAGUGGUUGCAAGGGAGGACCAACAUUAUUUUAUUUUAUUUUAUUUUUUGGAUGCCCGAUUGACGACAUUUGACAUUUAUCAAGAAG